UACUACAAUAACUCCUCUCCUCCUCACUGUACUGCCCAUUCCUGUACUGACCUGUUGCACAAUGCCUCUGAGGCGCUGGCCCCUGUUCACAUGCACGCUUGUGCUCCUGACUCUGCUCGUGCACGUGGGUCUAAGUCUGGACUCGGACCCAGAUCCUGAACCAGAGUCUGGACUCUGGCCCCGGGAUCUGAAAGGAUUCUCCAAGGGCCCCAAACUGACGGCGGAGAAGCAGCUGCUGGGAGAGCUGCAGGAAGUGCUGGAGAAGCUUCAGGCCAAACGUCUGCCACACUGGGAGAAGAAAUACGGACAGGUGCCAACGUGUGACCUGGGUGAGUCGUGCGCUGUGAGGAAAGGAGCGCGCAUCGGCAAACUCUGCGACUGUCCACACGGGGCCCUCUGCAACUUCUUCCUGCUCAAGUGUCUGUAACCACAGCGACCACAAACCUCACAUCUGUUACCGUGGGAACAGAACUACAGCAUUUUAGACCUGGUUUAGACCUGGCUUAGUCCUGGGUUUAGUCCUGGGUUUAAUCUGGACUUUUACA